CUGCUCGUUCUCAGGGCAUCGUUGUGUGUAUUUCGGUUGUGUUUAUGGUUUAAAGGAGAGCUAGCGUGAAAGCUUUUGUCUGCUAGCGUGAUAAACACAUCACCUGACGUUAGCCGGAUGCUAAGCUAAUAGCAGCAUAUAUUUGUUUUGUUUUGUUUUUUCGAAGCGAGUCGUUGAUUGAUUAAACAUAAUAGGUUGGCUUGGUAACGUUAGUGAGUUUUCGGCUCAUGGUUAAAUCAAAAGCUUAAGAUGGCUAUACUGUGCGUUUCAGAUCGUAUUGUUAAGUGAAGUCAUUUAUGAGCUGUUGAUUCAGAGCUCGAGGGGAUUACAGAUAAACAUGAUCCUUUAGAUAAGGUUUCCUUUUGUCCAAAGUCACCGAUCAGCGUUGAUGUUGACAGUAACAGAGCUGUUUUAACAGGUCUUGUCAUGGAAAUGAAAGUGAAAGGGUUUAGCUGAUCCGGGUUGUUAACUGUACAUAGUGUGCACUUGUUAAAGUCCAGGGAGACAUGUUUGGUAAGUGAUGGAGGGAAAAGGCCCGUAUCGCAUCUAUGACCCCGGUGGGAGCGAUUGCCAGGUGAAAGACGAGGCCAACAGCCUCAGCUACAGACAGCUGCUAGAAGAAAACACCGUACUGAGAGAGAGAAUGAAAGGACUGAAGAGUUUAGGAGAUCUUUUAGAGGAGUCUCAGACAGAGGCGGCGAAGCUUCGGAAGAGGGUGGAAGAGCUGGUGAGGGAUAAUGAAGCCUUGAAAUCCUCCACGACCAGCUUCGCUUCCAGCCUGUGUAUGGGCACUCCGGUUCAAACAGACACACAAGGUCGUGGUAAACAUCACGCUCAUCCUUCAUCAGAAAGACAAGAAUCUCGAGAUGGCUUAACUGGAAAUACUUUACAACCAGAGGCAACUGAAAGUUCAUCAGAGUUUGAGGUGGUAAAUAUGGAAGAGAAGACCGCUUCGGAAACCCAGACGACCGGGGCGAUGCACCUGCCACAGGAGAACCUCGAGCUAGCGAGUCAACUCCGGCGACUGGAGAGCUCUUUCAGCGUGUUCGCCGAAGAGUCCAAUCCCAACCAACUGCUUGCUCACCUGGGCCGCAUGGCUGUUGAGUUUCACCACCUUUCAUCCAAGGUCCAAAAGAAUGAACAGAGAACGUCUCUUCUGCAGACACUUUGCGAACAGCUAAGACAAGAGAACAGCGAACUUCGGAAAAAAAUGGAAGAGGACCUUCAGUACCGCAACCGUGACUUAGAACAGCUGAGGCAGGAGAACCUGAAACUGAAAGAGCAGGUGAGCGGAGGAGCACAGACAGCACCCAGUGAACAACCCAGCCCGAAGGAGGAGCAAGUCAAAGACGACGGAGCCAAAACCAAGGUGGAAGUGACCAUGAAUCAGCAGUCUGGUAAAGCUGCUGAAAAAACGCCAUCUAAGACCUUGGAUCCCGAGAUGUACGAGAAGAAGAUCAAGCUUCUGGAGAAACAGAGAAGAGAUGUACUGGAGGUGAACAAACAGUGGGACAUUCAGUGGAAUUCUAUGAAGACACAGUUUGAACAGAAGAUUACUGAUCUCCGGCAGAGGCUCGCCGACUCUCAGAAAGCCGUUCUUGAACUGGAGGCGGAGCGCGAGCAGAGACAAAGAGACUAUGACAAAAAACUCCUCCUCGCCAAGUCUAAAAUUGACAACGUUCAGGGUGAGAAGGAAUGCCUUACAUCAGAGACAUGUGAGUUAAAACAAAAGGUGCGUUACCUGCAGGACCAGUUACUUCCACUUACUAAACAAAGAGAAUACCAGGAGAAAGAGAUCCAACGACUUAACCGGGCUUUAGAAGAAGCAUUGAACCUUCAAUCUCCAUCCUCCACUCAGCCAGGCAUGAACCUGGGAGACGGUGUUGCCAACCUGAGACAGCAGGAGCUUCAUACACAGAUAGCUGUGUUAAAGGAGCAGGUGAAGAUCUUUGAAGAAGACUUCAGGAAGGAGAGGAGCGACAGAGAGAGAAUGAACGAAGAGAAAGAAGAUCUAAGGCGGCAAGUGGAAAGAUUACAGGGUCAAAUGACCAAUCUAACCAAUCAGCUUCAUCAAGCACAGAAUGAGUGUCAGAGAGAGCGAGCAGAGAGGUGUAAACUGGAGCGACUGCAGAUGCAACACAAGCAGGAGGGGCAGCAGGAAAGGAGAACAUCUGAUCCCACGUCUGGCGCUCCCAACGGCCCCAUGAGCCCUCCGUACUGCGGCCCAUUUGUUCAGGUGGGCCAUCAAGGUCUGGAGGGGUGGCCCAUACACUUUCCUCCCAGGAUGCCUAACAUCAAUACGGCACCCGGCAGGGAUUUCCAGCCUGUUAAUCCCGGUUUUCCCUGGCAGUCAUCAUUCCCACAGCCACGUGGUUCAAGAGGACAGGCGGACACAGCAAGAGCGCCUCCAGAAACAGCAGAAAUGGGAGCUACUGGAUUUGGGAAAAGGGAGCGUCCGAACAUGGAUCCUGGAAAGCACUAAACAGACACACACACAUACACAGAGACACACACACACACACACACACACACAAACGCACACGCACAUUCUCUCUCCUGGAAUGGCUCAUGGCUAGUAGCAUGCUGCAGUUUAUUUUCAGUUGGCAUGGUGUGAACUAUUGUUUUUUUCCUCUUGUGUACAUAUCUUCUAUAUCUACCACUGAUACAAAUGUUGUUUAUAUACUUAAGUUUUAUAAUCCUGUUUGUGAAACACUGUCCUGGCAAAUUAAGAAUAUAUAUAUACAUUUAUUAUUUGAUCUUUUUAUGAUUGUUAAAGAUGAAAUGAUCUGCUUUAUAUAAUUCUAUGCAGGAACUGAAGUCAAUUAUUUAAUGGAUAAAAUGAUUGAAUGUCAUUUUUACACCGUAUACCUACAGAGUUAAGGGAAAACAGUGUAAUUAUAUACCACUUUAUUGAUGGAAAAUAACCAUAUUAAAUUAAAUUAAAUUAAAUGAAAUGACAUUUAUUGUAACGUCAUUCCCUGACACAUCAGAAUAUAUAUAGACUUGCGGUGGUGAUAAUAACUUGAUGUCAGUGCACAAUUAGAGAAAAGAUAAAAGUCUACAUCUAAAGCAAAGUUUUUAUUUACAAACAUCCAACAGCAGACUGGGACCGAUCUGAUUGGUGAUUCAUUCAACAGCCACGAGUAAUCUGAUUGGUGAUUCAUUGGUUGGUCACACACGCACACACAGUUGAAUGUGUCAUCUGUCCCACCAUUUAUUGAAGCCAUAUCCAGUCGAUAAACCUUUUCAUGGAUUUGAUUAUGUUCUGUUAGACAUUUCUAUGGCUUGUUGAUCUUUUAGUUGCUUGUUAUUGAGUACGAAUGGCCCUAACCGGGUCUUAGUAAAUGAAUGGCAAAAGUUCCAUGCUAGAUUUGCUUGAUAUUGUUCAAUAUUCAGUGUUGAAAAACAUUAUUCCCUAUGUGCAAAUAGAAGUGAUAAAUUAUUUAUAAUCUAUUGUUUUGACCACCGUGUGUGGUCUAUUGUCUUAAGUAAUGUUGUCUUUUGUGUAUUGUUUUGUGUCUCCCUUUACAUAUUGUAGCUACUGGAGGAUUGUAGGAUGUGAGUUUGUGUGUUUGUGCAUACGCGCAAUCAGAAGAAGAAGAAGAAGAAGAAGUGGGCCAGAAUAAAUAAGUGAAUGAUAUCACAUUAAUGCAGCCCACUUUUAUUGGCCUCACUCUUGAUUUUGGCUGAAACGUCGGCAAGAAUCAAGAGAGAAAAUAAACCAAACGACCGAAUGAUUUGCAGCGUGUCCGGAUGUUGCACUCGAACACGUCUAAAUAUGUUUGAAACUAGAUGAUCAGGGUAAGAAUGAUGUGUUUUCUGCUUUAUGCUCACAUUCAUCACACGUGUGCAGUGUUUCUUAACUGCAUCGACCCACGCUUUAAACCAAACGCUAAAGGUUUGUAUGCUUGCAAAAUCUUAUCAAUGGCAAGCAAUUGAUCUGCUUUCAAAAGAUGUUUUCAUGUUAAUGUAAAAAUAGUCAGUCAGGCAGACAGGCAUUUCUUUUCUGAAUAUGUGGUGGGAUUUAUUGAACAGAAUGAAGUGUUUUCAAGUUGAAAUGUCUGUGAACUGGACUGCACUGGGAGCUUUAUUAACUGGUGCCCAUUAUUUACUGGUUUUGUGCUUUUGGAAUGACUUCUUUUUCCUUCAGUGGGUGAAAGCAUAUCUCCUGUGGAUCUUUUGUAAUUGAGUAGUAUAAUAAAUAUAUUCUGACUGUCUAAA